AUAACUUGCAAGUGACGUCAGUUCCCGUCUUCCGGUUUUGCGUCCGCCAUCACCGAGUACAUACGUCGCAGUGACCGUGCUGUGUUUACGCCUGUGCGGCGGAUCGUUUGGCGUUGUGCGCGUGUUUGCAUCGUUUGCCUUGCCCGUAUGGCGAAGGAGAAUCGUUCAGGACAUUGUCCUCCAUACUUUGAUGAACUUGUAGGACCAACGCGGGCCAGGUACAAAGAAAAAAUAGCCCUGUGCGACGGCGUGGAUCCCUAUGAGCUACGGGUUGGUGCUCAAGCCGCUGUUGAUGCAAGCCUGCUGCCAACGGUUACCCAUGUCGACAUUAUAAAUUAUCUGGUGCUCUCGACAAAUUAUGUUUCACUUGACCAGAUGAAGGCCUACAAAUCGCUGGACUCACACAAUUACUUUACGAGCGGAUGGGUCCGGAACAUCACUGCCAAGAAGUUGCCGUCUGAGCGUGUCGUCGUGCUUAGUCAGGUAAACCAUUCACAGCGCCUGCGGGAAGCACCACUAAAAGUUUGGCUCUUGGUUGACUUGGAUGGCAGUAUCAUCACUGCCCACUGUACCUGCAUGGCAGGUGCAGGAGAAGCUUGCUCUCAUGUUGGUGCAACUCUCUUUGCGGUGGAAACAGCAGUGCGGAUCAGAGACUCUGCGACUUGCACGGACAAGAGCAAUGUGUGGCUCCCUGCAUACAGCCCUACGACUGAGUUCAAACGGCUCCAAGACAUUGACUUUUCGUCGUCUAAGGCCAAGAAAAAAAGAAUGGACACCAUCCACAUCGAUUCUCCCAACACCCAUCAGCCAUCCCGACCAGUGCCAAAAGUUCCUGCUCCAACACCAGAUGAACUUGAACGGUGCUAUGCUGCGAUAAAAGAGAGUGGAGCUAAUCCUGCAUUAUUCAUGGUUAAUGCAAAAUACAGUUCAAAAUUUUCAUCCACCAAAAGAGAAUGAGCCGUGUCUCCUUCGCAGUCUAGGGAGCACAGAAGCCAGAACAGAAGAUUUGCCGGCCUUACUAGUUCGUGCAGAGAAGGUAUUACGUGAACUUAAAAUAACUGACGACAUGGUGACUCGUGUUGAGAGAAACACGAGAGAGCAGUCUAAAUGUUCAAAGUGGUACGCAUACCGAGCUGGAAGAAUUACAGCAUCUGUAAUGAAGAGUGUCUGCACAACGAGUGUGAGCCAGCCAUCAGUGAGCUUAGUGAAGCGAAUUUGUUACCCUGAGAAACAAAAGUUUUCAUCAGCGGCAACAGAAUGGGGACUGCGACACGAGAACACUGCCCUUUCCAGCUACAAGGCCAAAGCAGUGCAGCAGCAUAGAGAUUUUCGUCUUAGAAAGACUGGUGUUUUUUUAUGUGUGGAGUACCCACAUCUUGCAGCUAGUCCCGAUUCAUUUGUAAGUUGUGCAUGCUGUGGUGAUGGCAUUGUGGAAGUGAAAUGUCCGUACUCUGCAGCGGAUUGUGACAUUUUACAAACAUUGAACAGUCCUAACUGUUCUCUUGAGCAAAGGAAUGGGAAGCUUGUUUUGAAAAGAACUCAUGCAUAUUAUUUUCAAAUUCAAGCACAGAUUGCAGUGUGUCGUGUGAAAUAUUGCGACUUCGUUGUGUGGACACCUACGUCACUUUACACUGAAAGAGUAUUGGAGGAUGCAGUUUUUUUUAAUGAGAUUUUGCUAAAGGCAACUCGGUUUUUUACACACGCUGUUCUUCCAGAGCUGUUCGCAGAGUUUUUUACUAAGAAAGGUGAAGCCGUAGAAAGUGAUGCUGCAACUGCUGCGUAUUGCUACUGCAGAGGCCCGGAAAUUGGAAAGAUGUUGGCUUGUGAUGGCAAAAAGUGCCCUUACAAGUGGUUUCACUACUCUUGCAUAGGUAUCAAGCGGGCACCAAGGCAGAAGACAUGGUUUUGCUCAGACUGUUCAACUUAAUGUCCUUACUAGUCUUCUGUUACAAUGAGAAUUCAUAUGUCAUGUAUACACCACAUGUCCCACUUUUGGCAGUAUUUUUGUAUUUUACUUAUUAUUUAUUUAGUAUUUUACUGAAGUGAGGCUCCAUAAGUGGUAGUUUUAAAGGCAGCAGAGCUUAUGUAGAGGUACUUGUGUGUUGAAACUUUUUUUCCCUUCCCAGGUAUCCACUCUGAUACGUGUAACACCAAGAUAAGGCUCUACUUAUUUCGUGGGAAGUUUCAUGAAACCUUCACAUAUGUUGUGCGAGUUAAAACUCUAACAAAACCAGAUUUUACUAACUUCCCGAUUCAAUGAGAUAAUUCGAGCAUGGUCGUGACAUAAUUAAAAAGUUUUAACUGUAUAUCUAACACAUGUUUAAAGAAUGACACGGUUGUUACUGCAUUCAAAACGUUUAUUUUCCUUGUAGUUCUUUGGUGUUGACUUGGUUUAGAACUAGUCGGGUGUCACCUCAGAAUGAGACACUGCAUGUAGUUAUGUAUGACAUCAGCUGUUGCAGGAAAUGUCAAAAUUUGCUUUGCAUUUAUUAUGUCAUUUUAGCAACAACAUGUCUUACAGCCAUAUGAUGUUUUAGAAGCACCUUAUUUUUCAUUUGCUAGUCUCCAUUCCUCUUUAUGAUGCUAGUCAUGUGUUACAUCUAAAUGAGGCAGUACUUGUGUUUAUCCUGUAGAAAAUUCAGGAAAUCUUGAAAUCUGCUCGGUAUUUGUAUUGUACAAGUUUAAGCGGUGACCUACAUCACCAUUUGAGACUGCUCUAUGAAUGAAGUUUAUUGCUUUUGCAGUGCAGUAAACAUUUAGAAGUACACGUAGCCGGGCUAGUCUGUUUAUGUUCAAUGAAUAAGCCACAGAAAGUAUGGCUGUUAUGCGCAAAGAAAUAACGAGGGAUGUGGUCAAGGGGAGCAUUAUAUCUUUGCGCAAAACAUGCCAUACUUUCUGUGGUUAUUCAUUGAGCAGUAAACAUUGUUGAUUGUGCAUGAUGUCAUCGUUGCGUAAAAAAGCAUCAGUCAUAGUGCUAUAUGUUUAUAUGCAGGAAUGAGCUGCUACAUCGCAUAUUCUUGCUGCUUCGUUGAUACUUUCUAGAUACGUUAUUUGUAAAUACAGGUCUGUUCAAUAUGAGAUUGCAAGACAGUGCAGCUGCUCUGCACUAAUGGUGCUUUAAACAUUUAGUCAUCAAGGUGUCAGCACUAACAAUAGAAUACAUUGAAUGGUCAUUUGCAGUUUUAUUUGUGACUUCCAACUCUCACACUGCCCGAGUCACUGAAAAAUGACUCAAGUUGUGUACUUGUGAUGACGACAUUCAGCUUUGUAAGUAAUCAAUGAUUAGUGUUUCCCAGCUCUGUAUGACUAGUGAAUCUAAUGACUAGCAAAAAGUCAGUAAACUGGUGUCCAAAAAUAAAAUG